UUGCUGUCAUCCUCGUGGAAGGAGAGGAGAUGUCAGAGGGAGACCUUUUCACCGGUUUAUCCCGCGGUUAAUUCUGUUUUUGCUUCCGGCUUGGACAGUGUUUACUCCUCGCGCGACCCUCAAAGGAACACCUGGGAAUGGAAAAAGUUUGCACGCGGAUCUGCCUCGUCUGGACUGUAGUAAAAACUCCCAAGAAAGAAUGAAGUAACCGCUAUGGAGCCGGACAAUGCCCCGUACUCCAAACUCAAGAGCACUGGAGUCGGGGGGAAAGUUCUGAUUCUUCGGACUAUACUCUGUUGUGUCUGCUCUCUAAGACUGGCACAAGCACAAGAUGUGGAUGUUCUUCAGCAGCUAGGGCUUUCUGGCCGAAGGACAGAAGGGUCGUCAUUGUCAGGCACCCGAUCCGUCCCUAAUGGCAUCAUCCCCUUCAAGUCUGGAGUUAUCCUCACCCCGAGGGCACGUAUCCAGGUGCCGCUGCACACUGUUAUCCCUGCUUCCUUAAGAUCCAACAAUCUCUCCCUGAUCCUCAGCCUGUCUGUUCAUCGAAUCAACAGUGCCUUUCUUUUCUCAGUUCUGUCUAAGAAAAGGAAAGUACAACUUGGAGUUCAGUUCAUACCUGGGAAGGUUCUGGUUCAUGUGGGGCAAAGGAGCUCUGUGAGUUUUGACUAUGAUGUCCAUGAUGGACAGUGGCACAAUCUGGCUCUGGAUAUCCAGGGUCAGCAGGUGUCCUUACACACUUCUUGUGGAAAGAGAAGCGUACAUGCAGACUUACCUUCUAAAAAGGAGGAGGCCCUGGAUCCAGAGGGCUCUUUCCUACUGGGCAAAAUGAACCACAACUCGGUGCCGUUUGAAGGUGCCAUUUGCCAGCUUGACAUCUAUCCCUCUGCUGAGGCAGCUCAUAACUAUUGUGAUUACAUUAAGAAACAUUGCAGAGAAGCUGAUACAUAUCGGCCUGUGUUUCCAGCCCUGCUACCUCUAUUUUCCACAGAUCCAAACAUUACUGUCACUCAUAUAACUCCAUUGUCUUUGACAGAGCUUUCCAAAAAGGCCCAGAGACUAACUUUGGCUUUCACAGAGGAAAACACCAGGACUACGGUUCAUGUUCCAACUGACCGCUCUGUGAUGCUGAACAAAACAUCUGUGUAUCAGACUUUAAGCCCUCUAAAACCUGGUGCUGUGUCUGUUUCUCCACCAGUUCAUCAAGGGUUGGAAAGCCCGCUUAAAUUUCCAACUCAGACUGUUACGUCGUCUCUAAGGAUCAGCAUGACGCAAGAAAACCUGAAACUGACUUCACAAGGCAGUCCCGGAAAGGACACAAAUCAAGGAUAUAGUUCUUAUCAAAAUAUGGAUUUACCCGCAUCCAGAGUAUCAUCAGCGAUAAAGUCAAACCUCCAGACUGUAGCAGCUUUAGCACAGGGGUCAUCCUCUCCAAACACCUAUCCUCCUCAUAAAAUACAGUUGACCACACCAGCUCCAAAGAAACCUGAGCCAAAAGUGACCAGUGUGCAGGAUGCCAGACCCACCUCUCUAAUUCUAGUCACUCCAGCUGCAGCAGAUGACUUCCAAACAUUUGACCUGGAACCAACCCGGUUUUCAUUGCUAGCUGGACCACCUGGACUAAAGGGAGAACCAGGACCGCCGGGCCUUCAGGGACUUCCAGGAUUGCCAGGAAAACCAGGAAAAAGGGGCCCACGGGGUCCUCCUGGACCACAUGGAAACCCUGGUCGUCCUGGAUCUCCUGGACUGAAGGGAGAGAAAGGAGAUCCUGGACUGUCCCCUGGUCAAGCCCCAAAAGGACAAAAAGGAGAGCCUGGUGUCAUGGGCCCCCCUGGACUGCAUGGCCAAGCUGGACGAAAGGGACAAAGGGGUCAUCCUGGUCCUGCUGGUCUGCCUGGUGAACCUGGUGAACGGGGAGAUGAUGGAAGCUCUGGGGCCAAAGGCUAUCCUGGCAGGCAGGGUUUCCCCGGGCCUGUAGGAAGAAUGGGGCCAAAAGGCGUCCGGGGUCACAUUGGCAUCCCGGGGCUUUUUGGUCUUCCUGGUCCUGAUGGCGAGAGAGGAAUUCCCGGCAUCCAUGGGCAGAAGGGCAAGAUGGGUAGGCCGGGGUUUCCCGGUGACUUUGGAGAGAGGGGACCUCCUGGCCCUGAUGGGAACCCAGGUGAACUGGGAGCUCCUGGUCCAUGUGGAGUCCCUGGUCUUAUUGGAGACAUGGGUCCCGUUGGUAUGAUGGGCUUACCAGGACUGCCAGGACUCAAGGGAGUACCAGGAAACCCAGGAGAACCAGGACUGAAAGGUGAUAAGGGGGAUGUGGGCAUACCAGGAGAACCAGGGGAGAGUGGAUUCCAAGGGGACAAGGGUAUCCGUGGCUCACCUGGGUUGCCAGGUCCGUGUGGAAAACCUGGACCACAGGGUAUUGUUGGUGAGAAGGGCCCUGAUGGUUUACCCGGUCCUCCUGGACCAGAGGGCUUUCCAGGUGACAUUGGCCCACCAGGACAAAACGGCCCUGAGGGACCCAAGGGGAAGCAAGGGACAAGAGGUCUCCCAGGUCCAAGAGGAACACCUGGACUUCAGGGUGAUGAAGGACCUGUUGGGCCAGCUGGACCGGCUGGGCUCGAGGGCAGACCUGGGAGGCAGGGAUUCCCUGGACUGACAGGCCCAGAUGGACUCAAGGGUGAGACCGGGAUAACUGGCGAGGUCGGAAAGCUUGGCGAGAGGGGACUGCCUGGUUUCAUCGGGCCGAUUGGAGAGAUGGGCAUCGCUGGAGAAAAGGGGGAUCGAGGGAAAACAGGUGCCCCGGGGCCACCAGGGGAACCGGGGCCGAUGGGACACACUGGAAUACCUGGAGACAGGGGUCCACCUGGACUGCAAGGGAUUCCAGGACCCCCUGGUUCGCGUGGAUCCAUCGGCAUCAGAGGACCCAAAGGCAGAAGGGGUCCAAGGGGUCCUGACGGUCCAGUGGGGGAGAAAGGGUCCACUGGAAUAAAGGGUCCUGAUGGCCCACCAGGAAGAUUGGGUAUCACUGGGGAAAUGGGCAAGCUUGGUGAGCCAGGUGAAGAUGGGCCUAAAGGAUUUCUGGGUAUUCAAGGACCCUCAGGACCACCUGGAGCCAAAGGAAUAGCAGGAGAGCCAGGACCACCAGGGCCAACAGGAACAAUUGGGCCUCUAGGGGAGAUGGGAUUGAGGGGGCCACCAGGGAAAGCUGGAGAGAGAGGACUGCCUGGUGAACCUGGAGAGAAGGGUGAUAUUGGUCCACCUGGAUACAAUGGCGAGCAGGGUUUCAUUGGCCAAAGAGGUGAGCCAGGCAUUGAUGGGGAGGCAGGGCCAAGUGGACCUGACGGAGCAAAGGGUGAAAAAGGGGAUGCUGGUGCUGAGGGCGCUGAAGGAGACAGGGGUGAAAUUGGACUAAAAGGAAAGGAAGGACCCCUCGGGCCUCCUGGACUUGUGGGUGUAAGGGGUCAGGAGGGGAAACCUGGUAAAAUCGGUGAGAGAGGAAAAGCAGGAGAAAAGGGGAGCAAGGGUCACCAAGGUCACCUGGGGCAGUCUGGAUUGCCUGGUGAGAGGGGAGAGCCGGGGUUUGUCGGACAGAAGGGAGCAAGAGGAACGAUCGGGCCAGCGGGCGCUCCAGGGAAAAUGGGCCAACAAGGAGAUCCAGGCAUACCAGGAUAUGAGGGUCACACGGGACCACAGGGCCCACUGGGACCUCCUGGGCCAAAAGGUGAAAAGGGUGAACAGGGGGAGGACAGCAAAGUAGAGGGUCCAUCCGGUCCCCAAGGUGUCCAAGGUACUCCUGGAGCUAGAGGAGAGCGAGGAGAACCUGGUGACCCUGGUUACAUUGGUCAAAUAGGAGUUGAUGGAGAGAGAGGUAUGGCAGGUGCCCCAGGGCUUCCUGGACACGCCGGGCCAAAAGGUCAACCAGGGCUGAAAGGAUCCAAAGGUGAUCAAGGUCAGAAAGGAAAAUCAGGGGCGAGAGGUGCAUCCGGAUCCAAAGGACCAACUGGUCCAGAGGGUCCUCCAGGCCCUCGGGGAGUUGUGGGUAGAGAGGGACUCGAGGGUCCGUCUGGAACUGAUGGAGUCGCCGGCAGAGAUGGGAGUAAAGGCGUCAAGGGGGAGCAAGGAGAUGAUGGGGACGUGGGUCUACCUGGCAAACCUGGGCACUGGGGCAAAACUGGUGUGACUGGACUUCCUGGAAGCCAAGGCUCAUUUGGCCCAAAGGGUGAACGGGGUCUCCCUGGCCAGUCUGGUCCUACAGGCCACAGAGGCGCCAUUGGAGGGACUGGACUGCCAGGAAAACAAGGCGAUCAGGGACCCAAAGGACAACCAGGAGAUGCUGGUGAACAAGGAUUUCCAGGGGUCUUGGGUCUCUUUGGACCACAGGGACCACCAGGAGACACUGGCCCAACAGGGAUACAGGGACCAAAAGGACCACGUGGUUUGAUGGGUAUGGAGGGAGCUCUGGGCCCCGUUGGCAUCAUCGGCCCCAGCGGUCAUCCUGGACCCCAGGGUGACAAAGGAAGUCGGGGGGAGACGGGGCUGCAAGGACCGAGGGGAUCCCCUGGCCCUCGUGGACCACCUGGACCACCAGGUCUGUCCACUUCUGCCCUUUCACUUAAGAACGAAGCUCUCGGUGCUGCCUUUCAAAUCAUCAUGGACUCCCGUGCUGCACUGAAGCCAGAGCAGAACUAUCCGAACUUGGACCUGCCCAUGUUAGACCAGAGCACAGAAAUCUUCAAGACGCUGCAGCACCUCAGCACUCUGAUCCAGAGUCUGAAGAACCCGCUGGGAACCCGGGACAAUCCUGCCCGGAUCUGCCGAGACCUCUACAACUGUGAGCAGAGGUUGUACGAUGGCACUUAUUGGAUUGACCCGAACCUGGGCUGUGCUGCAGACACUAUCGAGGUGACGUGUAACUUCACUGGUGGAGGACAGACCUGCCUGAAGCCCAUCACAGUUUCCAAGUUGGAGGUAGGAGUUGGUCGUAUCCAGAUGAACUUCAUCCACCUUCUGAGCACUGAGGCUGUGCAGCACAUCACUAUUCAUUGCCUCAACAUGCCGGUGUGGGCAGCAGGACCCUCUCUGCAGCCUUCAGCUCAGACUGUGAGCUUCAAGGCCUGGACCGGGGAAAAGAUUCAGGCCGGAGAUCUUCUGGAGCCACUGAUACCCAGGGACGACUGCUGGAUCAAAGAUGGCCGCUGGCAUCAGACCCACUUCAUUUUCCAAACGCAGGAUCCAAACUUACUCCCCAUCGUGGACGUGUUCAACCUGCCGCCCACCGCUGUGCCUGGUGCACGCUAUCACCUGGAGGUGGGGCCCGUGUGCUUCUUAUAGGGUCUCGCAGAGGCCUUGAAUACUUGUCAUAGGAGGCUGGUGCUACGGCGGCGUCUACUACAGCAGACUCCCACUUUUCUCUCCACAAAAUAUGCUCGGACUGCAGACGCUGAAUGGAGGGGGCACCAGAGAGGAGGAGCCCGUUGGAAAUGCAGAGAAAAAGAUUUGUGGCACUAAUCAACUUAUGGAAAAAUGAUCAAAAUAAGCUUCUUUUUUCAGGGACUUGUGUCUGUAAAACAAGACCUGUUUUAUGCGAGUGGAAGGAAGUAAUAAUAAUGUCAUCUCUCGGACCACGCUGUAUCAUAUUUCCUUCACGGUCUGAUCCCUAAAACAUCUUCCAAAAGAAAUCUGUACAGAGAUAUCAAAACAGCUACAUUCACAAACACGAUACUUCCUGUUUAAGUAUUAUUUAUACAUGUAUUUUAACUGUGUAUUGUAAUAUAAAGUGCAAUAGUUAUUGUUCCGUGGCCUUCAGGCGUUCUAACAGUAUCAAUCUAACUCAGUUCAGGUAUACAGUGCAGCGUGCCUCAGACACACAGGCAUUCUGUCUCCAGGUUAAGUCCUUCAUGAGCCUCAAACAAGUGUCCGGUGCUGAGAGAGACCCUGUGUUUAUACAGCUACAUGUAUCUUCACACAAACAACUGCUGUGUGCUACUCGUCUAAAGUGGAUCCAAGUGUGUCAAGACGCUACCUCGUACUGCACCCCUCAUCUCACAGCGAUUAAGACGUUACCUGAUGGGAUCUAGGACAAUGCGGAGGAGGUGACACCUGGUGCUGCAACCGUCGACACUCUUUUACAGGAUAAAACUCUCAAAACAAAACAAAGCUACGUCUGUGCUUCACUUAAAAGGGAAGAUGGUAAAACAUAGACACAGGCCAAAUUCAUUAAGUUAUAUGUUCAGUACAGUAGCAUUUUAUUGAAUUCAAUAUUCUCUGUACAAGUCUGAGACUAUAAGUUAAGUAUUUUUAUUUGUCAAAGUGUAAAUGUCUAUAAUUAUGCAACUUUUAUUAUCUGCAAUGGAUGCUAUUUAAAUUUUAUUUAAAUUUUGAUUAGCUUUCCACUUCAGUCUAUUCAUUACCUUCAUGUUUUCAGCACAUUUCUGGUCAUUUGGAGCUUUAAAGAUUCAAUUGUCUGUUUUUUAUUAUUAUUACGAUGUCCACAUGGAAUUGUAUUUGAGGACAUGACCGUCUUGUAUUACUUACUGUCAGUGUAUUUGUCAGUGAAAUGUGCAGGAAUGGUGGUUGUUCCUGCCCAUCUGUAAACUCAGAGGAUUUGUCACGUUACAACACUAACUACCACGGUACAGGACUGCAGUCGAUGAGUCUAAGGACUCAACUGGCAGUUCAAUAAAUGUCUGAACCCUU